AUGGCCGACAGUAUCAUCCCACUGCCACCAUCAACAACAAAGAAGUCUAACAAAAUCAGAGACAUUGUUAGGCUUCAACAGAUGCUUAAGAAAUGGAAGAAGGCUGCGAUCGACACCAAGAACAACAACAACAACAACAAUGACGUCCUGGAUAAUGUUGCUCCUCCUACAAACAAGACAACGACGACAAAAGGUCUCAACAAGUUCUUGAAGAAAACUCUAUCAUUUUCUGAUAUCAGCAACAACAACAGUAGUAGUAGUUCUUCUACUUCAGGGGGUCAGGCGGAUCAUCAAGAGGGUGUUGCGGUGCGAAAAGGAUACCUGGCGGUUUGGGUCGGGAGAGAGGAAGAUGCAAUGAAGAAGUUUGUAAUCCCAACGGAUUACUUGGCACAUCAAGCAUUCAGUGUCCUCUUACGAGAUGCUGAAGAAGAGUUCGGUUUCCAACAAGAGGGAAUCCUCAAGAUACCAUGUGAUGUCCCUCUCUUUGAAAACAUCUUAAAGCUGAUGACUCAUGAUCACAAUCAUCAUAAUAAGAAAAACCACCACCAGCAGCAACGUCCAACAACUCUCCUCAAAUCUUCAUCUUCAACAUCAUCAUUCUUCUUAUACGAACAACAACAACAACCGCAACCAGAUCAGCUGCUUAUUAUUAACCAUCCGGCCACCACCACCACUACUACUACUACUACUACUUUUGAUUCUCAAUUGAAAACCCCUCCAACCACUCCAACACGUCACCUUCCCUUGUACUGUCGAUAA